CUGACAUGUUCCGUCUGGCUGGCGGUUUGAGAUGGUUUGAGGGUUUCAUAGUGUUUCAUUUUGUUUCAUGUGCUGGAGCCUUGGUUGAAGAAACUUCAAGUGGAACCUUGGUCUCCUGGAAGAUCCAAAUUGGAGGGUUUGCUGCACCUCCAUCUCCUGCGUCAGCCGCCUGGGAUCGAGCCGACGCUGCUUCUUCUCGCGGCUCCGCUCCGCCGCGAAGAGCGGACGCCAUGCGUCCAGGUGGCUUGGUCCUGUCCAUCCUGUUGGCUCUCCUGGUGGCUCACCGGACCUUCGUACCAGGCGCGGCGCCCUCUACCCCCACGCAGCGGACAUCCACGCAGCUCACGCGACCACCGCACGGUGCGUCGACCACCGCGCGGGCUGAAGGAGGUGGUCCUGAGCGGCCGCCAGGUUCGGCACGGCACCUCGGGUGCGGAGGUGGAUCGAGUGACAUGGGAUGACCAUCUUGGGAGUGGCGAAGAAAGCUCUUUUGAGCUUCCCAAGGCCACAGUGGGAAGAUUUGAGAAUAAAGGAGCAGACUGAUCAGAAAGCAUGCUGCCAACAAGUAAGGUCAAUAUGAAGAAAAGUUGUUUGUUUGUUUUGUUUUUUUAAUGAAGGUUCUUGUUGCAUACUGUAGUGGGAUCUUGUUGAUCAAGGUUGUAAAAACUAGAGUCUGGAACGUUCAUUGAAAUCACGUAUUGUAAAUAGUGCAAUCUCAGCGAUCAGUGAUGUCGAGAUGCAGAAUGAUCAAAAAGAGACGUUGUUACAUGGUGCAGUCAAGGCAACAUGGCGGGGCUGAUGAUGUUGGUCACCAAGCAUUGUCCGUCAGCCAGUGGCUUCCGUUGAAACCAUGAGAUGAGUGGGGGAACUUCCUGAAAAAACCGCAAGAAACGGAGUUAAAUCAUUUUUGCAGAUCUCUGUUAAACGUUUAACAGAGUUAAGUUUGUUUUUGCUCAUGAUUGUCAGAUCAUGUCAGGUCCUAAAGCUCGCUGAAAACGCCAACUGUAACAACCCUCCAACAACACACAAAAAAGGAACUGGUCAGGACAUCUGAAUACACCACACCAAGCACGCUCCCAAGCUGACCUGUCAGGAAAUCGAAAUGGAAGUCGAAGUCCUCGAUGGUGCCACAGCCUCCCUGGGUUUCUUUGUGGUUGUUGGGAUUUUGAUCUUCAUUUGCCUUCAGGGUGAAGUGAACCAGGGUGCAAUUGGAAAUCCCACCGCUGCAUACUGAGCAGACUGGCCCGCCGCAGGGUCCCAUUCACACACCGAAAUGGUCAAUUACACAUUGACUCGAAGAAAGCGCAAAAGACAGGUGCUUGUUGCGUUUGUUUGGAAGGCAUGUGGACCUAGGUGCACCACAGGUAACAGAUCACUC